UGAUAAGCAGAGUUGGUCCGGCAGUCGGGGUGUUGCUGGUGUGAUGGUCACCAUGUCUCGUACAGUGUGUUUCUUCGUGUUCGUGUGCGUUAUCGCGGCGAGCCUCGCGAACCCAGCUUCGCAACUGCCUUGUCUAGGCGAGGUGACCCAGUGCGAAGUAAGCAACGUGCAGAUCACUCCGUGCUCUAAAAAGGACCGAUGCCUUUUUAAGAUUGGGAAAAACGCCUCAAUCAGCUUUGAUUUUACCCCAGCAUUCGACGCCACAGAGCUCGAGACUGAAGUAUCAACCCUGGUGUCGGGCGUCAACCAAAACUUCCCCGGGCUGGAGAAGGACGGCUGCAAGUCAACCACGUGCCCCGUCUCGGCUGGCAAUAAGCAGACAUUCAGCUACAACCUGCAGUUAAAAAAGACUGAAGUAGUUAAGGGUUCGUACGACAUCAAAUGGGAGCUGUGGAACAAGGCCCAGCGUGAGCAAAAUUUGCAGAGGGCCGUCGAAAUGUGGGCCCGCGCCGUGUGUGUGCUCAUCUGUGUGACUGCAGCCGCCUGCGAAGCUGUCACUAAAAAGUUCUGCGAUGAUGUGAAUCCGGUGGUUUGUACGGUGCACAGUGUAGACGUGGACCCCUGCCCUAAGGGCAUCAACUUCUGCAGUCUCUACAGGAACAAGCCCUAUACGCUUUCCGUCGACUUCACUCCAAGGUUCGCAGCCCAGAACCUCCGUCUAGCGAUGUACGGCGACGACAACAACGACGGAAGCUUCGACAAGGCUGUCAAAACUGUUGCCGACCCCUGCGACCUGAUGACGUGUCCAGUCGACAAAGACAUACCGAGGUUCUUCAACCUGCACUUUACGUUGGACAAGACUCAUGGCACUGCAAAGUUUCCAGUGAAGUUCAAGCUCUGGAAUGCAGAUAACGAGUCCCAGGCAUGCUGUUUUACCUUUAAUGUUAAAGUUAAGAAAUAAAUAGUUUUAUUUAUCUAAA